GGUGUCAUUGGGUCAUGGGAAUCAAGUCGGUUUGCUCUUUUCUUCUUGUGGAAGGUAUAACGAAUUAUAGUACUAAGUACUAGAGUAACUGAACUGUGUCUUUUCUUUCCCUUUGACUCGCUCUUCCUCCUUGUGACAACCAACACUGCAUCCCACUUCACCAUCCUUAUCACUCGAUACCUGGCCGAUAAGCCUACUUGUAACAAUGUCGGUCGAGGUGAUCACCACCAUCUCUCCCACCACGGGGGAACCCAUCAUCACUCGCAAUGGCAUUUCAGAGGAGGAACUCGUCCAACUGCCCGAGACUGCCUUCAAGGCCUUCCAAGGAUGGCGCACUACCAAGUUGGAGGACAGACAGAUCAUCGUCAAGAAGGCCUUGAAGUUGCUGGCCGAGAAGCAGGAUGAACUUGCAGAGGAACUCACCGUCCAGAUGGGCCGCCCCAUUGCUUAUACUGCCAAGGAGGUUGCCACUGCCAUCAAGCGCUCAGAGUAUCUGCUCAAGAUCAGCAACGAUGCUCUGAAGGACACCGAUGGCGAGGAGGAGAAGGGAUUCAAGAGGUUCAUCCGAAAGGUGCCUGUUGGUCCUGUUCUCAUCAUCUUUGCUUGGAACUACCCCUAUCUUAUUCUCGUCAACGCCUUGAUUCCCGCUUUAUUGUCUGGAAAUUCGGUCAUUCUCAAGCCCUCGCCUCAGACACCCACAAUUGUCGAGCAGGUGGCCAAGGUGUUUUCCGAGGCUGGGUUGCCCGACGGAGUCAUCCAGUACUUCCACUCGGGUUCGCCGACAGUGAUUGAAACAAUUGUGCGAAACCCCAAGAUUGCCAACAUUUGCUUUACCGGCUCGGUUGCUGGUGGCCUGGCCGUCCAGAAGGCCGCGUCCGAUCGCAUCGUCAACGUCGGCCUCGAGCUGGGUGGCAAGGAUCCUGCAUAUGUUCGCGGUGAUGUCGAUAUUGCCUGGGCUGCCGAAGAGAUUGUCGACGGCGCAGUUUUCAACUCGGGUCAAAGCUGCUGCUCGAUUGAGCGAGUGUACGUUGACGAGAAGAUUCACGACGAGUUUAUUGCGGCCGUCCAGAACGUUCUUAAGGGAUACAAGCUUGGAGAUCCGUUGGAUAAAGGGACGCAUCUCGGCCCAGUCAUCUCGGCGCGCUCCAAGGAGACCAUCCAGGCACACAUCAAGGACGCGCUCGACAAGGGCGCCAAGAAUGCGACACCCGAGAAUGAGACAUUCAGCAUUCUGCCAGACAAAGGUAACUUUGUCGCACCGACAUUGCUGACCGGCGUGGAUCACACCAUGACCGUUAUGAAGGACGAGACUUUUGGUCCCGUCAUUCCAGUCAUGAAGGUCAAGAGCGAUGCCGAGGCAAUUCAGUUGAUGAACGACAGCGAAUUUGGCCUCACUGCCAGUAUUUGGACCAAGGACACGGCCAAGGGAUACGAACUCGCCGAGGAAGUAGAGGCAGGGACAGUUUUCGUGAACCGUUGCGAUUUUCCCAGCCCUGAUCUGGCCUGGACUGGUUGGAAGAACUCGGGCAAGGGUCAAACGUUGAGCAAGUACGGCUUCGACCAGUUCGUCAAGUUGAAGAGCUACCACCUGAAGGACUAUCCCAAAUAGAGUUUCGGGACGCCCUGCCGCCCGAUUUUCGACGCAAGGAGGCACAAAUCGUCAAUAAGGGAGGUAUUCGGGCGCGUGCGCGCUGCAUAUCAUCAGCAAUAGAUAGUCUUUCCCUGUUACCUGUUAUUGAACGAAUCCAAGACACCAGCCUUUUCUGCUUCAGGGAUGUCUCAAAGAGAUCCCACGUCAAUUGUUCCGCAUUCCAAGGCUCUCAUCCAAAACCUAAGCGAGGGGCGUCGCCGGGCUCAUGCUUUUCCUCAUUCCUCUUUCCUUCCAUCUUCUUCUCGUCUAUUCGUCUAUUCACGAUCCUUCACUUCACCCGCGGCCCUUUGAGGGUAUCAAUGUCAAUUCUUGUCUGCCCUGGCCAAGGGAACACGUUCCUGAAGCCUAACCGAGUUGGGUUCGACGAUCCGAUGCGGCGGUAGUAUAUCUUCUUUGACCUCUCUCUUGGGUUCCCGGGAAGUGUGGUCCUCUUCAGGCAAUCCUCUCUUUGAGCCCGGAUUCAUACUUCAGAAGGGCUAAACUGCCGAGCCGCACUGGGUUGUCACCAGCGAAGGCCAGCAGAGAAGUCAAUGGGCCACUUGGACGGGCUUGCCACUCCUUUGUCUUUCUGAUCAUUCACUCUUGUUUUUGUUCAUCCUCUCCU